UCUCAGGCAGGGACACCCAGCAGCCUGCAGAGCUUCGGUGGUUACAGCUGCCGCCUCCUCCCGCCAGCCCAGGUGGCUGAGGUUGGCGCUGACAUGCCCCUGUGUCUCUCUCCCUCCAGGCUCGACGGGCCACACUUCAGCUUUCUGCAGUACCCAGAUGGCGUCUUCUAUGACCUGGACAGCUGCAAGCACUCCAGCCACCCUGACUCAGAGGGGGCUGCUGACUCCCUGUGGGGCUGGACCGAAGCCCCGCCCAUCCCAGCUGCACCCUACGAAGCUUUCGAACCAGCAGUGACCACCUUUGGCCACCCCCAGGCCACCCAGCUCUGCUACGGCCCCUCCACCUACAGCCCCGCGGGGACCCUCGAGCCGCCCCCCAGCCUGGAGACCCCGGGGGCCGGCCUCCCCGCGUACCCCACGGAGGACUUCACCGGCCAGACCCUAGGCUCCCUGGCGUACGCCCCGUACCCCAGCCCCGUGCUGUCAGAGGAGGAGGACCUGCUGCUGGACAGCCCUGCCCUGGAGGUCUCAGACAGCGAGUCAGACGAGGUCCUCGGGAGCAGCCCCGAGGGGAGGGGCUCCGAGGCAGGGGCCCGCAAGAAGCUGCGCCUGUACCAGUUCCUGCUGGGGCUGCUGACGCGCGGAGACAUGCGCGAGUGCGUGUGGUGGGUGGAGCCGGGCGCCGGCGUCUUCCAGUUCUCCUCGAAGCACAAGGAGCUCCUGGCGCGCCGCUGGGGCCAGCAGAAGGGCAACCGCAAGCGCAUGACCUACCAGAAGCUGGCGCGCGCGCUGCGCAACUACGCCAAGACCGGCGAGAUCCGCAAGGUCAAGCGCAAGCUCACCUACCAGUUCGACAGCGCGCUGCUGCCGGCCGCGCGCCGCGCCUGAGCCGAACCCCGGGCUUCCGUGUCGCCGGGAUCGCCGUCCCGCUCGGGAUCCGCGGGAUCGUCGUGGUUUGGAUCACAGGACCCGUAGACCACUCUACUGUGUGUGUGUAGGGGGCAGUGCUUCCAGAACCCCAGGAGCCUCUGGGAUCCCUAUCCGAGGUCCCGCAUCCAGGACGGGAACCUCUUGGAGGUCCCUUGUGUGUCUGCGAACCUCCAUCUCACAGGGUGGAGGUGCCCACAGAUCACUGCCCCAGAAAGAGCGCUACCAGAACCCUCGCCCUGUGCAUGUAGGCGGGUGAACCUGGAUCCUCCUCUCUUGUCUGAAUUCUCGUCGGAUCAGAGAUGUCCUACUUAUGUCUGGGGCUCUCUGGGAAUCCUUUGGUCCCAGCGCUCUGUGCCCCUAUGAUUUGUCACACCUGUCCCCCUAAA